GAACAUCACACAUUCAGCACUCAGCGAAAACUUCAUAUGUAACUGUGUAGGCAGCACCGACAGGAUCUUGAGUAUCCGGAAGAAAGAGCGCGUUCCGAAGUGGCUCCAACACGAGCCAACUCAACAGGCAUGCCCGGCUCAGGCUACGCAUUCACACAGGCCGCCGUCAUCUUCGAUCGGCAGGCAUUUAUUGAUCUCAGGUCACCAGGUCGAGGUCAGCACAUCGUUCAAACGUCUACUGCGGCACACCAAUUCCCUUCUCCUCCGCUCCGUUGAGGCUGUUGCAAUAAACCGGAUCAAACCGGAACUUUGUGUUCAAAAGCAACUAUCCUCCGGUCUCAGGUUGAAUUGG